ACUCUUAUUGUCUUCUUGCACAGAGUCACAGAGAGAGAGCCAACCCAGCAACAGCUUCCUUUCAUUUUCCUUUUCUUGCUUUCUCCGGCAAUUGCAUUUUUUCAUUUUGCCCUUUUUCAUUAUCUUCUUGAUUACACCUUAGUCAUCUUCCUAACUAUGUCUUCUCUUUAAACUUUAAACACUUAAACAACCAGAACUUUACCGUUUUGGCUCCAAGCCCAACGUCCGUUACCCCUUUUAAAUUUUGUUCGUUACUUUUUCUUCAACGGACUCUUCUCGUCGGCGGUGACUUUUUUCUCUGGGUCCGGUUAACCUCGUUGGUAGGAGAAGAAUGGUGGUUACUUGGUUUCUUUUUGUUGCUUUGGCCUCUUCUGUGGUAAGUUCCACAUUGGUUGAACCUCCCGUUCUUAACGACACCGCCGCACUUCUUGAUUUCAAGGAGUCGAUUUCUCUAGACCCUUCAAAUCUUCUUGGUGGUUGGACCCCAAAUAGUGAUUGCUGCAGCUGGUAUGGAGUCGCCUGUGAUGAAUUUUCUAGGAGAGUUAUUGCCUUGAACUUCACUGCUGGCAGUUUGACGUCAUUCCUCGCCGGAACUCUGCCUGAUUCUAUUGGUGACCUGACGGAGUUGAGAGCUUUGGUCAUUCCUCACAACGCUUUUUUCGGUGAGAUUCCAGUGAGUUUGAGCAAGCUUCAGUUUUUGGAGGUUUUGGAGCUUCAAGGAAAUAACUUGUCCGGGAGAAUUCCUGAUCAGAUAAGCAUUCUUCAGUCUCUUAGGGUGCUUAAUUUAUCGUUUAAUUCGUUCGCUGGUGAAAUUCCAGCUAGUUUAAUUGGCUAUGGGAAAUUGCAAGCUAUUGAUUUAUCCAAUAAUCUGCUUACUGGUGAGAUCAAACUUGAUAAUUCAAGUAAGUGUUUGUUUUUGAGACACUUGAAGCUCUCUAAUAACCUUUUGGACAAGAGUAUUCCCAAGGAGAUUGGUCAGUGCAAGAAUUUGAGGAUUUUGUUGCUUGAUGGAAACCUUUUACAAGGUAGGAUUCCGUCUGAGAUUGGUCAGAUUUCAGAGCUUCGUGUCCUCGAUGUUUCCACUAAUAGUCUCACUGAGAGGAUCCCAAAGGAGUUGGGUUAUUGUCGAAAACUCUCUGUCUUGGUGUUAACUAAUUCAAGCAAUUUUGUUGGCAAUGGAAACGGUGAUUGGGAUAAUGGCAGUGGGCUAGAGUUCAAUGCUUUUGAUGAGGGUAUUCCUUAUGAGGUCUUGAUGCUUCCAAGUUUGCAGAUUUUGUGGGCACCUAGAGGGAAUCUUGGUGGACGGUUGCCUAGCAAUUGGAGUGAUUCGUGCUCACUUAGAGUUCUCCAUUUGGGCUUCAAUUCUUUCAAGGGUGUGGUGCCAAAGGGUUUGAGGGUGUGUAAGAACCUUACUUUCUUGGAUUUGAGUUCCAAUUACUUGGUGGGUUACCUUCCUAUGCGACUGCAAGUUUCUUGUAUGGUGUAUUUCAAUGUUAGUCGAAAUAAUAUGUCUGGUGUUCUUCCAAGUUUUAGUGAAGGCAGUUGUGAUAAUAGCAUGAUCUCUUUUGGUCAAGAUCCUAACUUUUUGGAUGUGGAGGAUGUACAAAUUGCAUACUCUAACAUUCCGGUCUGGGGUCCUCAGAUGAGAAAUCCUUUGGGGUCAAAGAUGGAUGAAGACUUCGUUAUUAACCAUGAUUUUAGUUGGAACCAAUUUGCUGGUUUGUUGCCUUUGUUCUCAGUAGGAAAUGAAUUCUUGGCCACUAAGAAUAAACCUGCAUACAGGUUGUUGUUGAACAAUAACAUGUUUAAUGGGUCUUUUCCUGAUGAAUUAGUCUCAAGUUGUAAUGAUCUGCUGAGCUUCUCUGUGAAUUUGAGUGCAAACCAUAUAUCUGGUGAGAUUCAUGAUUCAUUGUAUCUUAGUUGUGUAUCGAUGACACAGUUUGAAGCAGCAUAUAAUCAGAUUAGUGGUUCACUACCUCCCAGUAUUGGCAACUUGAAGAAGCUUCAAUGUUUAGACUUGAGAGGAAACAGACUAUCUGGAAAUCUACCUAAUCAGUUAAGGAAUCUGAGACUUGUGAAAUCAAUUCUCAUGGGAAGCAACAAUGUAGCAGGAGGUAUUCCAUCUGAACUUGGUCAGUUGAAUUCUCUUACAGUUUUAGAUCUGUCUCAUAAUGCCAUAACAGGAACCAUCCCUGAAAGUUUGACAAAUGCCCAAAAUCUUGAAAUCGUGUUACUCAACAACAAUGCGCUUUCUGGGGAGAUACCAUCAUCUUUCUCAACCCUUUCCAAUCUUUCCAUGUUAGAUGUUUCUUUCAAUCACCUUUCAGGUCAUAUACCCCAACUUCAACAUACGAUUGACUGUGAUUGGUUUAGAGGGAAUUUGUUUCUGGAACAAUGCCCAGAUCCAACCUCUAACUCACCACCUGAUUCAAAUGGAGAUGGAAAAUGGCAAAGACACAGAAAUAAGAAGACUGUUAUAAUUGCAGUGGUUGUUUCUGCUUCCUUUGUACUUUGUAUUUCCUUGGUGGUAGUUGCAGUCAGUGUUCAUGGAAGGAAAAAGUUUGGUAGACUCUCAAACUUGGGAGGCAAAGUACUAGUGACUUUUGCAGAUGCUCCAGCUGAAUUGAGCUAUGACAGUGUGGUCAGAGCAACUGGGAAUUUCAGUACUAGGAAUCUCAUUGGCACAGGUGGCUUUGGGUCAACUUACAAAGCAGAAUUGGCCCCAGGUUACCUUGUAGCAGUAAAGCGGCUCUCCCUGGGCAGAUUUCAGGGAAUUCAACAGUUUGAUGCGGAGAUCAGAACGCUUGGAAGAAUUCGACAUAAGAACCUUGUGACUUUGAUCGGAUAUUAUGUGGGAGAAGCUGAAAUGUUCUUAAUUUACAAUUAUCUUUCUGGUGGGAACCUUCAAACCUUCAUACAUGAAAGGUCAAGCAAAAGUGUAAAAUGGUCGGUGAUUUACAAUAUAGCUCUUGACAUAGCUCAUGCUUUAGCUUACCUGCACUACUCAUGUGUGCCCCGAAUACUUCAUCGGGAUAUUAAGCCUAGUAACAUCCUGCUGGAUGAGGAGCUUAAUGCCUACCUAUCAGACUUUGGUUUGGCUAGGCUUUUAGAAGUUUCUCAGACCCAUGCCACAACAGAUGUAGCUGGCACAUUUGGUUAUGUCGCACCAGAAUAUGCAACCACAUGCAGGGUUUCUGACAAGUCAGAUGUUUAUAGCUUUGGUGUAGUGAUGUUGGAAUUGAUAUCAGGAAAGAAAUCCCUUGAUCCGUCAUUUUCUGAGUAUGGGAAUGGCUUCAACAUUGUUGCUUGGGCCAAAUUGUUGAUCAAGGAGGGACGUUCUUCAGAGCUCUUCUCUGUGGAACUAUGGGAAGCAGGGCCUAAGGAGCAUCUGUUGGGAAUGCUAAAGCUUGCUUCAACCUGCACAGUAGAGUCGCUUUCUGUGCGGCCGUCAAUGAAGCAGGUUCUUGAGAAAUUGAAACAUUUAAAAUUGUAAAAGCAUCUGAAAUUUUUGGCGCUGGAUGGUGAUGGAAGGAUGAAGCUGCUUAUGUCUGCAGGAUAUUCGAUAUGUUGAGAAUCUACAUAUAAUCUCAUGUGAGAACUCGUUGUUUACAGUGUUAUGCUCUGGAACUGUUGUUGCUUAAUCAUCGUUGGAUAAUCACCUUCAAUAUAAGUUGGAAUAAAUUUACAGCUUGUUGAGGUAGUGGAGGAUAUGAAUGGGAUUAUUCUGCACAAACUUUUAGCUAAUUGAGUGGUUUACCUUAAUGUGAUGAACAAUUGAGGCAUUUUCCUGGGAUUUCCAGCCGCUUGAUUUGAAGCAGAUUUGUUAGUACCUUACUUUUUGAAUUAAUCAGGUUUAAUGGAAGGGAGGAUUAUUGAAGAUGUGCGGGCUAUGCUUUGCUUACAUGCUGCUUUCGGCUUUUCUGCCAUUCCUACCGCUGCUAAUGCGCUUAGCGCUGACAGAUAGAUUAGCUCACUUAUUGAAGAUUCUCCAUGUUGACUGAUUUAUUAAGGUGUGCAUAUCUUUACAAGCUUAGUUUUGUCGAAUAUAAUUAAAUAAAUAAACAUAACAAGAAGGAUUGAGCAUCUGUAAGCAUUAUCAUCAGCAGGAACAUAAAAGGAUGUUUAAAGUUUGAAAUUGAACAAAACUGACAUUUUAGUGCA